AUGGUGAAAUUCGCCAAUUCACCUCCCAAACCCGAACAAUCGACCUCAGACAAUAUAAAAAUGGCAUUUUCGAAUUCCCCCAACAAAGAAAUCCUCAAUGGCUCCCCCAGGCAGGAAGAGGGGCAGAGCAAGAAGCGCAAGAGGAAGCAGAAGAGCGACAAUGGACCCAGAGUCAACGUGUCGCACUCGAAGCGCAGACACAGCGUCAGCAAGCCGGCGCGAGAUCCGAGAGACGAAGCGAGUCCGGUAAGAGCACAAAAGGAGCGUGCUGGGACGAGGUCGCCGAGUCCGGUUAUUGAUUUCGAUGGAUUGAGUCGGCCGAGUCUGGGAACACGAGAACGCAAAGAGGAGACACCAGCGCAAGCGGAAGCACGCCUCCAGAAACUCGCGGGCGCCGUCCGAACAAUCCUUGAGUGCGUAGGCGAGGACCCCGAUCGCGAAGGCUUACUAGGCACCCCGGAGCGGUACGCGAAAGCAAUGCUCUUCUUCACCAAGGGGUAUCAGGAGAAUGUGCGGGACAUAGUCAAUGAUGCGAUUUUCCACGAGGGCCACAAUGAGUUGGUUAUCGUAAAGGAUAUCGAGGUCUUUAGUCUGUGCGAGCAUCAUAUGGUGCCGUUCACUGGAAAGAUGCACAUUGGGUAUAUCCCCGACAGAGACGUGAUUGGUAUCUCGAAGUUGCCGCGGAUAGCAGACAUGUUCUCCCGCCGAUUGCAGAUCCAAGAACGCCUUACAAAGGAUGUCGCACAUGCCGUCAUGGAGAUUCUGAAACCUCAGGGUGUAGCGGUGGUUAUGGAGUCGAGCCAUCUGUGUAUGGUGAUGCGAGGCGUGGAAAAGACCAGCGCUACGACAAUUACGAGUUGUGUGUUGGGCUGCAUCGAGAAGCGUGAGAAGACCAGAAACGAGUUCUUCAGCUUGGUGGGUCUUAACAGACGGUGA